AUGCAACAGCUGGCCAGUAACCCAUGUAACCCUCAUCUAUGGAAAUCUCUGUUUGAUAAUAGAAAUGAAGGGGGGAUAAAUCUGAAUACUAGAAAUGAGGACUUGAUUAGAAAUAGUGAAGCUGAGUUGAUUAGAAUAACAGAAGAGGACAUUAAACCAGAGGUGGAAUACUGGAAAUCUGCACUGAUAUUUUAUAUAUUGGGAGUGAAGCCUCCCUUUCGAAUUAUAGAUGGGUUCAUAAGACGGAUGUGGGGAAAGUAUGGAGUGGAUAAGGUGGCGAUGUUGGAAAAUGGUGUGUUUGUGGUUCGGUUUCAUUCAGAGGACAAUAAAACUAGAGCAGUGGAGGCUGUACCUAUUUUGUUUGACAGGAAGCCAGUUAUCAUGAAGCAUUGGGCUCCAGAUGUUGAUCUUAGAAAGGAAGAUGUGAAAGUGGUUCCAACAUGGAUAAGAAUGCCUAAUUUAGCCUUGAAAUACUGGGGGCAAACAACAUUGUAUAAGCUAGCAAGUAAGAUUGGUAAGCCUAUCAAAUCUGAUAGAGCAACUGCUCAGAAGGACAUUCUUGAGUAUGCUCGUGUGCUAGUGGAAGUGAGGCUGGAUCAAGAAUUCCCUAAAGAGGUGGCUUACAUGAAUGAGAAGGGUAUUGUGGUGAUGCAACAAAUACAAUAUGAAUGUAAACCAAUCAUGUGUGCAGACUAUAAAGGUAUAGGCCAUAAUAUGGUGGAAUGUAGACAGAAGAAACUGGAAGUGGCUCAAAGGAACCAAAAACCGAAGAAAAUUUGGGUUCCAAAGGCUACUAACACUGAUCAAGGUGGAAAGAGUGAAGAAGUGCAGGGGGACACACAGAUGGUUGUUCAAGUGCAGAGUAAGAGCCCUCAGCUGGAGACUAUUGCAGAGGAAAGUAGGGAGGAAAAUGCAGAAGAUAAUGAAGCUCAGGAGGUGGAUGAGAGAGUGAAACAAGAGGUUAAUAGAAUGGAGAGAGCUGAUGGUUCAGGAGCUGAAGGAGGUGGAGAGAUUAUCCCUAAUGGAUAA